UUGCACUAGAAUUCAAUUCCUGGUUCUCGCAUUCAAUUCCUGGGCUCUUGAAUCCGUUGAUCCACUUUCUCGUGUUGGCCCACAGCAUGAAGUCACGCUGCUUGGCUGACAUCACCAGUCGUGCACGUGACGGUGCCAGCGAUGCGACAAAAUUUGUGCCUGAGAUAAUCCCAACAGAAGACACUACCUGAUCCUCUGGGAGCAAUUGCGACGUCAUGGCCGGUGGCUUUUUACCCUACCACGAGCCGGGAAUUGUGGAGAUUCUGGUCAUUGUGUCCUUUUUCUUCUUCCUCUCGCUGGCGGAAUGGGUGUCAGCUAAGGUCAUUCGAGCGGGUAUUAUUGGCCAGAUCGCGGUAGGUAUUAUAUAUGGCGUUCCGUUGGCGAAUAUCCUGCAGGAAAAGUGGCAGGAGACUUUCCUGGCGUUGGGAUAUGUGGGGUUGAUCUUGAUUAUUUUUGAAGGCGGUCUUGGUGCGCGACUCGAUCUGCUGAAGAAGAAUUUCGUGCUGAGCAUGUUGGGCGCUGCGACGGGCGUAUGCUUCCCUAUUGGAUUGUCAUAUCUCCUGCUAUACCUGGGAUAUGGAUAUGGAGCCGUUGAGACGUUCAUUAUCGGCGCUGCUCUGUCGGCCACAUCCCUCGGAACAACAUUCGCCGUGAUCUCCUCCGCCUCCAAAACUGUCGAUCUAUCACAAACACGCGUCGGAUCCAUCCUCGUCAGCGCGGCCGUCAUCGACGACGUCGUCGGCCUCGUCCUCUCCAGCAUCAUCGGCGACCUCAGCGACCUCUCCUCCCCCAACCCUCCCAACCUCGGCUGGCUCAUCGGCCGCCCCAUCGUCGCCUCCUUCGGCAUGGCCGUCGUCACCCCCCUCGUCACCAAAUACCUCUUCGCCCCCCUCUUCCGCAAACACAUCGAAUACCACUUCGCGCAAUUCGACCACAUCUCCAACAUCAUCCUCAUGACCCUCGUUCUGUCCGCCUUCAUAGCCAUCGCCGCAUACACCGGCACGUCUAUUCUCUUCGGCGCCUUCCUCGCCGGUACCUUCCUCACCUACAUCCCGAGCAAACGGCCCGAGGGGCCAUUUGUCGUGAUGAGUCGCGAGGAGGGGGAGAGGGAAGCGGAUAAGAGUCCGACGUUUGUGCAUACCUUCGAGGCUUAUCUGCUCGGCGUGCAGGAGUAUCUCAUGGCGCCGUUGUUUUUCGCAAGUGUCGGGUUUGCGAUUCCGUUUGUGGAGUUGUGGACGGGGAAGAGGAUCUGGAGGGGGGUUUGUUUUACGUUGCUGAUGGUUUUUGCGAAGUUCGUCGUGGGCAUCUGGAUCCCACUAUGGAAAUCCCUAACCCACCUCUUCUCUCGCUCUCGGAAAAAAGACCCGAAAGCAACCAAAGAAACUCAAUCUCGUCGCCCUGAACAAAGCACCCCGUCUAAGUCAGCAGCAACAACUUAUCUCUCCGCCGCCCUGCUGGGCUCAGCGAUGGUUGCGCGCGGCGAAAUUGGCCUUCUGAUAAUCGAGAUCGGGUACAACGAGACGGCGUAUGUGUCGCAAGAGGGCUUUAUCACGGGGGUGUGGGCGAUUCUGCUAAACACGAUUAUCGGGCCCGUGGCGGUGGGACUGCUGGUGAAGUUCUACGGGAAAAGGAUUGGGGAGGGGGAGUGGGGGCUGCAGGAACAGGGGGAUGUAAGUCAGGCCGAGAGGACAAGGGGCAUGGGGGAUGUAUGACAGGUGGAUCAAAAGGAAUAUCCUAGUAGAGUCAGAUACAUGUGAAUGUGAUACAUGAAC